GGGGGGGGGGAGAACUUGAAACGAAAAAGAGUGUUGCGCACGCGCACCUGGAGGUGCCGCUGGACCGGCCGGAGGAUGCUGCGGAGAAAGCCGACCCGGCUGGAGCUGAAGCUGGACGACAUCGAGGAGUUCGAGGGGGCCCGCAAGGAGCUGGAGAUGCACAAAAAGCAGCGUGAAGAAGUCGACAUGGUGGGAACCAAUGACGGCGAAGGGGCCCUGGCACUGAACCCGGAUCACAAGAGCUGGGAACAGGUGAUUCACGACCGGAUCGGCUACAAACCACAGCCCAAACCCAGCAACCGUUCGUCGCAGUUUGGGAACUUUGAAUUCUAGAGCGAUGGGGCGCGGUGGGGUUGAACCUCUUCCAUGAAGCAUGCUUAUGGAAGAUUUAUGACAAGCUGAUCUACGAGGGGGACAGAGGGAGCCGUUAGGAUUUUAUUCUUCUGGAAGAUAAAAAGACUUUUGGUAUUCUCUAAA